AAUUUCGAUAGUUCGAUAGCGUCCCUUGCAAAGUCUCCACGGAGAUCGUCACGGCAGUUCGCGGGAACUUCACGUUCUUCAUCAACCAUGCCUGAAGGUCCGGAGUUGAACCUGUCGAGUCAGUUCAUCAACUUUAUAUCGAAAGGCCGAUUAUUUGCGGGGAAAGUGAGGAAAAAUCCCAUCCAUAAGUGCGCUGAAGUGAAGUGGAACGAACCGCGCUACACUGUGGCUGCUGUUUCGCGCGGGAAAGAACUGAAAGUUUUCCUUCAAACUCAUCGCGAGGAGAAAGACGAGAAAAAGGGCGCGAAAAGUAGAGUGAAGAAUGAAGGUAAGCGACUGCAUAUUGUCUUCAACUUUGGCAUGUCUGGCCACUUCGAAUUUACAUCGGUAAAAGAGCUUCCGAAGCAUGCCCACCUGAGUUUCUUCACCAACACGCAGCCAGCGAUGGCUUUGAGCUUCGUGGAUCCACGACGAUUUGGAAAAUGGCAAGUGGACACCGACUGGUCUCCCAACAGGGGACCGUGUGUGAUGUCUGAAUACCCACAGUUCAGAUCUAACGUUCUGCAAAACUUGAAAGAUUCGGUUUUCAAUCGACCCCUUUGUGAGGCUCUAUUGAACCAGAAGUACUUCAAUGGAAUUGGCAACUACCUUCGUGCUGAAAUCAUUUACAGAGCCGGUGUUAAACCUUUUGAACAAGCUCGUUCAGUCCUGGCCACUUUAUCUGAUGUGCCUGAGGAUGUGAAAGCGCAAAUCGAAGAUAAAGCCAAAAACACAGGAAAGAUGAAAUCUGAGUCCCCAGAUCUUCUGCAACUCUGCAACCUUGUUCCUUUAGAGGCCAUUGGACUAGGAACCUCUCUUUAUUUGACUAAAGAAGAGUUUGGCAAGGAGUCCAAGUUUUGGAAGUGGUUGAGAUGCUAUUGCCAGCCUGGUAUGAAUAGUAUUCCAGACCACAAUAAGCGUACAAUGUGGUACCAUGGUGAUGCAGGACCACUUGUACCAAAAGAAGGUGGAAGUUGCAGAGGGAAAAGAAAAAGUGUUUCCUCCAGCAAGAAAGCAACAAAGAAACUGAAAAAGGAGGUAGACAAGGAAACUGAAGAUACAAAUGAUACAGAAAAGGUUACAAAACGUCGCAGACAGAAGAAACCUGUAGACAGCAGUUUUGAAGAUGAUGUUUUGAAAAUCGCCGCUAAACCAGACCUUCAACCCACCAUGUCACAAACUGAAAAAAGGAGGUCACGAAGACAUGACAACAGGAAGGAGAUAUCUUCCCUACAGAAGUUACCUGCUGCUGGACAAAAGAUGAAAAGGAACAAAGGCAGAGGUGGGAUAAGCAGGAAAUUACCAAGCACUUCCCUUUCUGAUGACACGAAGAUGAACGAGGAGGAAUAUGUCCAGAAUGACAGAAAAAUUAAUGCCACAAAGAAGCGUAGAAAGAAUCAUUAAAGGAAGCAAAUCUAGUGUCAAAAAGAAAUGUACAAAAAAGUGAAAAUAAAAAUGUGUUUUUUCAAAGCUAAAAAUCUUUCAUCUAAAUAAGGGCAUUUAGAGCCCAUCUAUUUUGUAUCGUAGAAUUUUGUAAAGACAUUUUGAAAUCCUCUGAAUUUAUCUGUUUUAUAAAGCUUUAACCAAAUGGUUGAGAUCAGUUUAAAGAAUUUUGAUUUGCAGAUGACCUGCAAAGGACAGGAAUACACAUCUGCUAGUAUUUAGCUUUAGGUUAAUACCAGUUCAAAUGUUUAGUAGAACUGCCAUUUGAUAUCAGAGAAUGCAGGGGGUUGGCCUGACCAUCACACACACAAAGCAAUGACAUGCAAGACAACACUGGUGUUCGAUUUACUUUCACUCUUAAGGUCAUCUGUGCUAGGAAAUUCAGAAAGGUAGUUUUGGAGAUCCUGAUUCCUAUCGGUGUACCAGGACACAUAAUAUAUUGUCAGAAUCUUCUUUCUUUUCUCUCUUUCUCUCUCUCUCACACACUUGCACAAUCAGUAUAUUAUCUUUACAGAUUUGUGGUCAUUAGCCAAAAAAAAUCUACAGUUUAAGGUACAGUUUCUUACCACUACUCACUCUAUAUAUUCAGUCCCAUUUAAAACAUUUAGUUUUGACACCUCUAAUUCACAUCUUUUAGUGUCUAACAACAUGCCAUAUGCCUUGUGGGUAGUUGAAUUUUUGCAUGCGAAGACUAAUAUUGCAUCUGGCAGCAGAUAUAUAAUAUCAUGCUAUGGGAACUAGUCUGUUCAACUUAAAAGAAGUUUUUGUAUUUUAUGUGAUUCUGUAGUAUCUAUAGGCUAUUUUUGUUUACACACGGAAGAAUCAAUCAUUCAGAUAAAUGCCGUCUCUAUUUUAGAAGUGAACAUUUCACAGGCAACAUAGGUAAAAUCUGCAUUAUUAAUAAGCAAUAAUUAAAUGCUUUUACUCUUUUGCACCACACAUAUGACAGUACAUUUUCAUGUUGCCACAAAUAAUAAUUUCAAUAAAAACCAGAGGUGGAAAACCUGAUGCAAUGAACAGUUAGCUAUAUAGGUUAUUGUAAAUUACAACUUAGACGUCAGCUUUAUAACUUACUUUCUCAGUGUGACAGAUGGGGGGGGGGGGGGGGAAAGUCCUGGAAGCUUUGAAGGGAUCUUGCAUUUAUGCAUAAUUAUUAAUUAAUCAUCAAUUAUUCACAAAGUAACUAACAGAUUAAAAACUAAAGGGCACAUUACCCACUCUUCUAAAACCUUUAUUAGUACCUGUACUGAAGGAAUCGCAGCAACUAAACUUCUAGAAUCGCUGCAUGUCCUGCUGCUGCUGGAGAUGUUUGAAAUAUGUCAUAACACCAUGCGCGUGUAAAUAACCAGUGAAAUAUUUCCCUCUGAAAUGUGUGUCAAAUACACUGUGAUUAAUACAACAUGUCAAAUAAAACAACAUUGCAGGA